CCAGCGCACUGCUUUUUACAGGUCACCACCGGCACGCUCCUCCUCUUUCCUGUAGGCUGCAGCAACCCGCUCCCCCGCUCACACCGAAAUUUGAAAUCCUCCUCCCAGUCUCGUCCUUCGAACGAAGCAACAGCCGCCGCGCCAUGGAGAAGAUCUCCGUCGCCGUCCGCUUCCGCCCUCCCAACCUGGUGGCCGCUAACACCUCCCCAGCCAGUUCCGGCGGAGGCGGCGACCGCGAGUGGCGUAUCGAUGACACCCGCGUUUCCCUCCUCCACCGCGCCGCCGGCCCCAUCACCGGUGCCUCCUUCGCCUUCGACCACGUCUUCGACGGUGCGGCGAACAACGAGCGGAUCUAUGGCACGGUCGUCCGGGAACUCAUUGGCGCCGUCGUCGGCGGAUUCAACGGCACCGCCUUCGCCUACGGCCAGACCAGCAGCGGGAAGACAUUCACCAUGAACGGCUCCGACGCCGACCCGGGCAUCAUUCCCCGCGCGGUCCGCGACGUCUUCGACACCGUGCGCCAGGCUGACGACCGCGAGUUCCUCAUCCGGGUGUCCUACAUGGAGAUCUACAACGAGGAAAUCAACGACCUCUUGACACUUGAAGGCCAGAAGCUGAAGAUUCAUGAGAGCUUAGAUCGUGGAGUGUACGUGUCUGGUUUGCGGGAGGAGAUCGUGAACAGCGCAGAGCAAGUGUUUGAGCUCCUCCAGCUUGGAGAAGCGAACAGGCAUUUUGGAGAGACCAACAUGAACAUGCGGAGCAGUCGGUCACACACUAUUUUCAGAAUGGUAAUUGAGAGCAGUGGUAAGGACCAGACAGACGGUGGAGAUGCUAUCCGCGUAUCUGUUUUGAAUUUGGUGGAUCUUGCUGGGUCAGAAAGAAUCAUCAAGACGGGGGCAGAAGGGGUACGUUUGAAUGAGGGGAAGUAUAUUAACAAGAGCUUAAUGAUUCUUGGGAAUGUCAUCAAUAAGUUGAGCGAGAACGGAAAACAAAGAGGGCACAUUCCGUAUCGUGAUAGUAAGUUGACACGCAUUCUCCAACCUGCACUUGGAGGCAAUGCAAAGACAUCUAUCAUCUGUACUGCUGCUCCUGAAGAGAUUCACAUUGAGGAAACUAGAGGUACUCUUCAGUUCGCAAGUAGAGCAAAAUGUGUAAGCAAUUGUGCCCAAGUAAAUGAGAUUCUAACUGAUGCUGCUUUGCUGAAGAGGCAAAAACUGGAAAUUGAAGAACUUCGUAAAAAACUGCAGGGUUCCCAUUCUGAAGGGUUGGAGCAGGUUGUACUAAAACUACGGAACGACAUGCACAAGUCUGAACUUGAGCGUGAUCGAUUGGCCAUGGAACUUGAAGACGAAAGAAAGUUACGGAUGACUCUAGAGCAACAUUUGACUGAGCAACAGAAGCUAGAGGCCAUAUCGUCAGACCACUUUACAGAUUCAAUCCAGCUGGAUCUUCUGAAAACUCCAGAUUCGAAGUCUGUACCAGAUGGCUUUGUUGCCUGUCGCUCACGUUACUCACAAGAUGUUGAGUUCAGCCCAAUACCUGAAAAUUUGGAUAAUAUUGCUGAAGAAGAUCUAUGGACACGUCUGAACAAAGGCUGUGUUACCGAUCUUGAUAUGCUUGAGAUGACACCUAAUCUCAAACGCGAGUCAUCCUUUCUACAAGAAAAAUCAUCAGCUGCGCCAUUGGAGGAACCUACCAACGCCAUAUGCCAGAGGUUAGCAAAGGAGUGCAUCUAUGAUCAGCAACAGCUUGAGGAAUCAAAGGCGAGAUGCGCCAAUCUCGAGAAAGAUUGCGACGUGCUGAGGGACGAGAACUUGUCCCUGCAACAGGAGCUCUCCGAGUCCAAGCUAGAGGCGGACAGCCUCGUAGCCGAGAAGCAGGCACAGCUGGAUGAUUUGAGGAUGAGGUGCGUGGCCCUCGAGAGGGAUCUCUCCAGCUCCAGGCAGGAGGCCCACCGCCUUGCCACCGAGAAGCAGGAGCUGGCCGGGCAGCUGGGCACAGAGAGGCAGAAGAUGGAUGAGCUGAAGCAGGAUAUCCGGGUGAUCUGCGGCGACUUGCUCCAGCGGGAAGGGCAGCUCACGUCGAUUUACACCAAGUCCAAGGCCAUCAUAGAGAGCUGCAAGGCCUCCCAGGGGUCAGACCGAUGACGCCGAGUCGCCGCCGAAGAUGCUGCCAGAGGCGGCGGAUGCUUGACCGCUGGCGACGACGGCGAGCAGUAGGAUGACGAGAAGAGGACGGCGACGACUAGACGACCGCCGCCGUUGCAGGGGGAAAUAACGGCCGGCGGCGAGCUCCCUUCCUCCGCCCAUUAUUGGUUGAUGAUUCGGAGAAGGGAUCAGUACUGUGCGUGCGUGCGUGCUGCUCAACGACGGACCGCCACCAGCUGGGUGGCUAUUGCUGCAUUCGCCGGCCGGGUUCUUGCAGCAUGCAGGCUUAAUCUACACUAAAUGAGAGCUGUAUAUGCAUGGAUAUAUAUGAAUAUAUAGUAUAUAGAGUAUAUAUGAUAUGAGUAGGGCCGGGGGAAAGUUUGGUGGCUUGGUUGGGAAAAAUGCAGCUUUUCGGAAGUAGUAGUCCGUCCACCAGUCGUUGCUUCGUUCGCAUGCACAAACAAACUGACGGAUGGAUCGUGGACGACGAUGGCGACGGCUCGACAGAGAAGCUGGCCGAACUAUUCAUCGUCUGCUUGAGCUCGACCAUAUCCGGAGAUGAUGAACUACUACUGGCGGCGUGUGUCAGCAAGCAUACGCUCCAGAAUGUUUGUACCUUCUAUAAACAAAAAAGAAAAAUCUAUUCCGAUCUAUGUUAGUUGUUAGGUCAACUGCAAGAGCUAGCGGACCAACGCUCGCUGCGGUGCUACCUCAGGGUGGUUGUCCGCCCGGAUGUGCAUCACGCGUGACCACCCGCUGCUUUGUGCGUGCCUGCGUGGCUCAGCUCUUUCUCUUGUUUGCCGGGACGGGAGCCCGGGACAUGCCCCGGCCGGCGUUGCAUGUCCUUGUCUAGUUGCCGUUUUCUGGGGGAACAGAUAGUUAUGGAUAAAGUUUGUAUUAAGGAUGUAAAUGGUCGAUAAAAUUCGGUAAAUUUCCGGUACCGUGUACCAGAUUUUUC